UUUUUCUAUUUAGGUAGCGGAUCAUGGAAAACAGCACAAAACUCGUUUUUGUACAGUCUUGUCAACCUGAGUGGUCUGUCACCAACAAAGAUGCCUUUGAAGAGUGGACGAGAAGAAUAUGCUAUGUUUUAUAACAGUGGCUAUGGACCAACAUACGGGGGUGGUCAUGACCUCUACAUUUGCAAUGCACCAAACUCUAAUAACUGCUCUACAUAUUUGAAUAACACUUAUCAAUGUCCAUCGGGACAAAAUAAUAACAUGGUUUUGACAGGAGGUCAGUACUUCAGGGUGAGUGAAAUGGAAGUUUAUAGAUUAUAG